AUGACGGACCGCCCUGGUUUCGGGUUUCCGAUUCCUUUCGGCAGUGGUUUUGACACCGCCUCGCUUCGCGCCUCGCGUCCGAAACCGUCAUCUUCCCACCACCCGACCUCCGCUUCCCCGCCACCCCAUCUCCCCUGCUCGCCGACCGAUCUCCCGUGCAACCCGCCCGAGUUCCCGUUCCCGCGGCCCGAUCUCCCAUUUCUGCCGCCCAAUAUCCCCUUCUCGCCUCCUCUCGCCUCCCCGCGCGUGCUCCUCUCGCCUCUCAGCGCGUGCUCCUCUCCCCUCCCAGCGCGUGCUCCUCUCCCCUCCGCGUGCGUGCUCCUCUCCCCUCCGCGUGCGUGCUCCUCUCCCCUCCGCGUGCGUGCUCCUCUCGCCUCCCCGCGCGUGCUCCUCUCCCCUCCCCGUGCGUGCUCCUCUCGUCUCUCCGCGCGUGCUCCUCUCCCCUCCCCGCGCGUGCUCCUCUCCCCUCCGCGUGCGUGCUCCUCUCCCCUCCGCGUGCGUGCUCCUCUCCCCUCCGCGUGCGUGCUCCUCUCGCCUCCCCGCGCGUGCUCCUCUCCCCUCCCCGUGCGUGCUCCUCUCGCCUCCUCGCGCGGCAUCCCCCCUGCACGCCCUCAUUUCCCCCCCUGCACGCCCUCAUUUCCCCCCCUGCACGCCCUCAUUUCCCCCCCUGCACGCCCUCAUUUCCCCCCCUGCACGCCCUCAUUUCCCCCCCUGCAGGCUCUCAUUACCCCCCUUUUAUGCACCCGUUUCCCCUCUGCUCACUCUCUUUCACCCCUCACUCACGCGUUUUCCCCUCUGCUCACUCUCUUUCCCCCACACUCACCCUUUCUCCCCUCUGCCCACUCUGUUUCCCCCGUCACUCACCUUCUUACCGAAUUCUCACUUUUCAUUCACCCCUUUUUCCAAUCCCGCUUCCCCUUUUCCAUCUCUCCUUCAUGCCUCCCACCACCUCUCCCUGCCUUCCUUGCUUCUCUCCUUAUCUCCUUCAUGCCUCCCACCAUCUCGUUUUCCUUCUCAUCUCUUGUGGGCCACAUCACAAGGCCCGUCUGCCCUCUCACACUCUUCCUGCCAUUCUCACUCUCGCAAUCCUCACCGCCGUCCCUUCCUUCCUGUAACCAAUCUCCCCUCCCCCCUUUUCCCUUCCUUCCCUCCACUUCCUCCCCUUCCCUUCCUUCUCUCCCCAUCAUUCCCUCCCCUUCCUCCCCUCCCCUUCAUCCCCAUCCCUGCCCUUUCCUCCCUGCCCUUCCCUUCUCGACCCCGCCCUUCUACGUCACUCCUCGCCUUCUGCCCUCCAGUUCAUGUGCAUGUGCUGCCAUCACUUUUGCCCCAUACAUGCAUCUUAUUAACUCAUGUUUACUCGCUUGUAUUCCCUUUUCACCCUCCGUCCCUUCAAAUCUCCCCUCACUUACUACCCAUCUCCCUGCCUUUCCAUCACACCUCCCUGCCUUCUCAUGGAUUUGA